AUGUCAGCGUCACAGAAGAGUGAUUCGAGUGAUUUGCGGGCAGUCCAAAAUGCUUUUCAGAACAUGAAAGUGGAGCCAACCAAGAGCACUGAUGAGGCCUCGAAGAAGUCUUACACCUACAACGCUGAGCGCGUGCUUGGAAGCGGCUCCUUUGGAGUCGUGUACCAGGCUGUGGUUGUGGAAACUGGUGAGUCUGUUGCCAUCAAAAAGGUUUUUCAAGACAAGCGAUACAAGAAUCGCGAGUUGCAGAUCAUGAAGGAGUUGAAACAUCCCAAUGUAGUCGAGCUGAAGCAUGCCUUCUACACCUCCGGUGACAAGCCGGGCGAGACCUACCUCAAUGUUGUCAUGGAAUACUGCUCGGACACGGUGUACCGAGUUAUGAAGCACUACACCAAAAUGAAACAGCCGGUGCCGCACAUAUUUGUGCAGAUUUACUCAUAUCAAAUGGCCCGUGCUUGUGCGUAUAUCCAUGCGGUGGGCAUUUGCCACAGAGACAUCAAGCCUCAGAACCUACUUGUGGAAGGUCAUACGCACGCCUUGAAAAUCUGCGACUUCGGCUCUGCCAAGCCGCUGGUCAAGGGUGAGCCGAAUGUGGCUUACAUUUGUUCGCGCUACUACCGGGCACCUGAGCUGAUCUUUGGUGCGACCGACUAUGGCUUUGUCAUUGACAUUUGGUCUAUGGCUUGUGUGUCAGCUGAACUCAUUUUGGGACACCCGAUUUUCCCAGGAGAAAGCGGGGUGGAUCAGCUGGUUGAAAUCAUCAAGGUGUUGGGCACCCCCACACGAGAAGAGCUGAUGGCCAUGAAUCCCAACUACACUGAGUUCAAAUUUCCACAGAUCAAGCCACAUCCGUGGCACAAGGUGUUCCGUGCGCGUACUUCUGCUGACGCAGUGGAUUACAUUUCGAAGCUGCUAGUCUAUGACCCGAAGCUGCGACCUACCGGUUUGCAGUGCUGCACCCAUGCGCUGUUUGAUGACCUUCGAGAUCAAAAUACAAAGAUCAGCAGUAAUAAACCCCUGCCUGAGCACCUCUUCCACUUCUCGAAGGAGGAGUUGGCCUUGAUGGACGCGGAACUGCAACGUAAGCUGAUUCCAGCUUGGUCUUUUGUGAAUCUGGUCAGAUCCAGCUGUGCUGAGGAUGUGGCUCUCAUGUUGGCCACCAACAUGAGCCGUAACACCGUGACACGCUCGACGCAUUCGGCCUUGGCCAGACGAUAUGGCAGAUAUAUGCAGAUAUGGGUUGUGCAAAUGCCAUGUGCAGUCCAUUUGCAGAUGAAUGGAAGUAGACGAGAUUGA